AUGGUCAAGAAAAGAGUCAAGACAGGAUCAGCAGAGAGAAAGUUCUGUAUUCUAUUGCAUGUUAAACUCUAUUAUUUUGUCCCUCUCCAUCUCUCCCUCCUCCCGUCCUGCAGUCCCCUGACCAAGGUGAAGCUGAUCAAUGAGCUGAAUGAGAGAGAGGCCUCACUGGGGGUCAAAGAGACGGUGUCAUGGCACUCUGAGUACAAGGACAGCGCCUGGAUCUUCAUCGGUAAGAGGCGGUGCCAGAGACACCUCUGCGAUUGAAAAGGAUUGAGCCAAACCGUUGUAUUAUAAUCUCUCCACACCAUACUAACAGCCAGAAGGUUGGUGUUUAGGUUGUACUGGCAGCUCACCAGUUGGUGGCAGCAAAGUAUUGGCUUGUUUAUUCACAGUCAGUGGCUUGCCCUCUAGUCUCUCACCACCAGAGUUAUAAGCCUGUUUUUGACCUUGGUGUUUCUGUUGUAACCUGCAGGUGGGUUUCCAUAUGAGCUGACGGAAGGUGACAUCGUCUGUGUCUUCUCUCAGUGAGGCCAAUACAUAUACCCUUUCCUCCCAUCUCUCUACUCACUCACCCACCCUUCUCUCCCCCUGUCCUUUCUGUCUCUUGUUUAUCCAAUUGCAUGUCUCUUUCCAUCCUUAUCUUCCACUCUUCCCUCUUAACCUUCCCCCUUUUCAUUCUGAAUAAAUCAAUAGUUUUUUUCUCUGCAUUAGAUUGAUUUUUAUCCUGCUUAAUGUGUGUCUGCAGGUAUGGAGAGAUAGCCAACAUCAACCUGGUGCGUGAUAAGAAGACGGGUAAAUCCAAAGGCUUCUGCUUCAUCUGCUACGAGGACCAGAGGAGCACAAUCCUGGCUGUGGAUAACUUAAACGGGAUCAAGGUAAUGAACAGCAAUCACUCACAGCUGAGAGAGAACAAGAGAGAAAUACAUUUUAUGAGACUAAACCAGUAAACAUGCAUAAAUGAAGGUUAGACGAUCCAAACGCUUUGUGACUGGCAAAAUACUUGUAAAUUACUGUACCUCAUUUCAUUGUGUUGCUAUUUGUGUCUCUCUCUCUCUUGGCAUCUAGAUAAAGGGGCGGACCAUCCGAGUGGACCACGUGCUGAACUACCGCCCUCCCAAAGACAAUGAGGACAUGGACGAUAUCACCAAGCGCCUAAGGGAGGAGGGCUGUGCCCCCAAACUACCCGACCCUUCAUCCUCCGAGUCCGAAGAAGAGGAGGAACAGUACGCUGUACCAGUGAAGAAGCCCAAGAAAGGUGAGGGGAGACUACUGGAGGCCUAGAUGGUACAUGUCUGCUGCUUGUCAUUCCUAGAGAAGUUUUGACUAAAGUAGACUUUAAUUGGCUGUCAGUGUAUCUCAAAUAGGUGUCUCAGUCAUGUUCGUAUCAUCUGCUCUUACCUGACCUCAAUCAGUCUUUCCUUUCAUCUCCAACCCAGACAAGAAAGAGAAGAAGAAAAAGAAGGAGAAAAAGGAGAAGGCGGCUCUAAAGGAGGAGAGGCAGCAGAGGGAGAGGCUGGCCCAGACUCCCCCUGGGCCUGCCCUGACAGUGAGAAUGAAGCAGGAGAAGGAAGACCUGGGUUAUGACAAGUACAGCCAGCGGGGGGCGGUAGAGGUGCGGCUGGGGUCCAGGGAAGAGAGACCAGGGCCUGGGGCAGAGCCACGGAACCCCCGAGACACACACAGGCAGGAGGACGGAGGGUUCCGAAAUCGCCAUGGAGACCAACGGGACGGGGAGAGGGAUAGGUCCAGGGAGGAUGAGAAGAGGAGAGAUGGGAUGGGGGAGAGGAGAGAUGGAGGACUGCAGUUGGAGAGCAAGAGGACAGGCAGGGAGGAGGGAGAAAACCAAGACAGGGAUAGAGCAAGAGACAGAACUAGGGAGAAAGAAAGAGAGAGGGACAAUGAGGGGAACAGAGAGCGAGACCGGAAC